AUGAAGAUAGGGAGGCACACGAAGGAAUGUACGCUGGUUUUGAAUGAUCCAGCCAUAUCUGCGGUCCAUUGUACACUGUGGGUGACUGUGUUUGACGAGGAGAGUAUCCCCAUCUUCUACAUCAGAGACACCUCGCUAAAUGGGACUACGGUGAACGGUAUCACUUUGGCAAAGAAUGUUGCCUAUCCGUUACGGAACAAUGAUAUUGUUGAUUUGUGGCCCGCAGUGCCCAGCAAUACUGGUUGCACGGGGAGAAUCGUUUUUAAGUUCCGGUCCAAUUUCAAGGAGGUACUGGGUUACGAUGUUUACUCGCAUUUACAUAUCCAAAAAACCGUCGGUACCUGGGAGAUCCUGCCCAAAGUUAUUGGGAAUGGUACAUUUGGGCACGUUCUUGUGUGUCAGAAAACCACGCAGUAUGAGCCGGUUUCUGAAACAAUGAAGCAAAGAUUUGCUGUCAAGAUAAUAAAAUUGAAACCGAAUAAGCUGGACAAAGAGGCCAAGAUACUUCUCAGUUUGAAUCAUCCAAACAUCAUUAAAGUGCAUAGGACUUUCAACGACCUCAAUGACAAUUUGUACAUUUUCCAGGAUUUGAUUCCAGGAGGCGAUCUGUUCUCCUACUUGGCGAAGGGCGAUUGUCUGACCUCGAUCUCAGAGACAGAGUCGUUGCUGUUCGUUUACCAAAUAUUACAGGCUUUGAAAUACUUGCACGACCAGGGAAUUGUCCAUAGGGACCUGAAACUGGAUAAUAUUUUAUUGCAGUCGCCGGAACCAUGUACAAAAAUAGUCUUAGCAGACUUUGGGAUCGCCAAACAUUUGACUUCAAAGGUAACCAGAAUGCACACAAUUGUGGGGACUCCGGAAUACUGUGCCCCAGAGGUUGGGUUCAAGGCAAACCGGAAGAUGUACCAAUCCUUUUCAAGAGCGGCGACAUUGGAACAGGAUAAAAUCGGGUACAACAAGAAAUGCGAUCUGUGGUCGCUAGGUGUCAUAACACAUAUCAUGCUCACUGGUGUUUCCCCCUUCUACGGCGACGGGACGGAAAAAUCCAUCAUUGCAAACGCAAAGAUGGGUUAUCUUAACUUCAAAAUCAAACACUGGGCACGGGUCUCUCAACAGGCCAAGGACUUCGUCAAAUGUUUGCUGAAAGUUAACGUAGAAGAUAGGGCGGACAGUGAUAAUGCUUUGUCCCACCCUUGGAUACAAAAACAUGAGGCACAACUGCAACAAAUCUAUAAAAGGAAAAUUCUUCCAAUGAAUGACAGUGCAAAAGUGGCCUCGACAACAAAUCCUGAAAACAAAGAGACAUGGAAACGCAAACUGCCUAAGUCAGUAGUAGUUCAAAGAACAAUUGCUACUAAUAAGAGACAACGUAUUUGA